CGCACACUCGCAUUACCAUUAAAUGGAAAGUACGAGGGGUCCGCAUCAUUAUCCAUGAUACCACUGGUCGUCAACAUACUCCGCAUCGCCAUGUUAAAGUUCUCACAUCCGAUCAACACCCAUCCAGUAGCAAUGUCGACUAAAAAUGAGAAGAUCGGGAUAAUUGGCAGCGGCUUAAUCGGACGCAGCUGGGCGAUGCUUUUCGCCAGCGUAGGGUAUCAGGUGACCAUUUACGACAUUGUCCUGGAUCAAAUUAGGAACGCAUUGGAAGACAUCGGUCAACAAUUGAAUCGCCUUGAAGCUGACAAUCUUCUCCGGGGUACAUUGACGGCGGACCAGCAAUUUAAACUGAUAAAAGGUUCUUCCGAUCUGGCGGAGACUGUAAAAGGUGCAAAAUUAGUCCAGGAAUGUGUGCCAGAAAAUCUUUCAUUAAAAUUGAAAGUCUACAACGAUCUCGACAAGGUUGUCGACGACAAAGUGAUCUUGUCUUCUUCGACGUCUACGUUCCGUCCGUCUCUUUUCAGUGAGAAGCUGAAACACCGUGAGCAGAUCAUAGUCUCUCAUCCUGUGAAUCCCCCUUACUAUGUGCCACUGGUGGAGAUAGUGCCAGCUCCAUGGACACGUCCUGACAUUCCUGAGAAAACGAAGACCAUUAUGACCGAAAUUGGCCAAAAACCUGUUGUCUUCAGCAGAGAGAUUGAUGGUUUUGCAGUCAACAGAAUACAAUAUGCGAUCUUAAAUGAAACCUGGAGAUUAGUGGCUGAUGGAGUGUUAAGUGCAAAGGAUGUUGAUGCGGUGAUGAGUGAAGGUCUCGGAAUGCGUUAUGCUUUCCUUGGUGCCUUUGAGGCUGCACAUUUGAAUGCCGAAGGAAUGAAGAAGUAUUGCGAGACGUAUAACAAAUCAAUCUAUGAUGUGAGUAUGACUUUCGGACCAGUACCAAAAUUUGUGGGAGAAAUGGCGGAGAAAAUCAGCAACGAAUUGAACGAGAUGUGCCCACUCGAUAAAUUAAAGGAACGACGAGCAUGGCGCGACACUGCUUUGACAAAAUUAUCUAUACUCAAGAAAGAAUUAAAUAAUAUCGAACAGUGAAAAGAUACUUAUUAAACAGAUUUCAUGCAAUUAAGUUUAAAAUAUCUUUUGUAAAAAAUAGUUCUACAACAAAAUAAUUUUACUAAAAGAAAAAUUUUAUCCUGACUAUAUAGAAACUAAAUGUAAAUUGUACAUAUGUAGUUACAAUAAACUAUAUUUGUUACUCGAAAUCUGCG